CCCCAUCCCACAGCUACUCCUCUUUUUCCAGUGCAACUUGGUCAGCCUUGUUUACCACACAAGACAAGCAGACUCCUGGUGUGCCCCAGCCCAAUCACACUGCAUCAUGUCCACCAUCAGACCUAGCUGUGGAUACCGGCUCCUUGUUCUGCUGCUGGUCCAGCUCCAGCUCAACCCGGGGGCAGCCCAACCUGAACACAGGACACCCGUCUACCAACGCCUCCAACGGAUUGACGAACAGUUCCAGCGUUUCCAGGAGAAGACUCUGACCCAUUUGGAGAUUUUGAACCGGCGCCACAACGUGUCCUCCAGUCUGGAGGCCCGGCUGCAGACACUAACAGACCAGUACCACGGCCUCUCCCAGGACCUGAACCACCUCAGAGAAACCACCAGCCAGGAGAUGGACUCUCUCAGGGAGUCCUGCAGGAAGAUACAGAAGAAGAGCAGGCGGAUGGAGGGCUGGUUGGCGUCCCUGGAGAGGAGCCUGAAAGACAGCAGCAGACAGGCCCAGAGACAGAAGCAGGGCCAGGGGGACACUGCCUCCAACUUCACCAUGGAGCUCCAACACCAGGAGGGGAGACUCGCCUCCAUUGAGGCCCAGCAGGAGAAACUCAUGGUCGGCUUGAGGGAUCUGCAGCUGUCCUUAGGGGAGAAGGACGUUCAGAUGAGACAGCUGACGCGGAGAGUUGGGGAGAUUGUUCAAGGGAAUGGUGUCUCUGUCAGGGUGUCUGGGAGGACAGGGGACCCCAUCAACCCACAGGACCCAGCACCACCCAGGGCCCAAACCUCCAGAAGAGAUAGGAUCAGGACAGGCUCUCAUCUCCAGCCCAAACACACCCCACCUCACUCAAACCCCCAGUACAACUUACAUACCCAUUCCCGAACCCAGCCUCAGGCUAGCCUCAAGCCUCAUCUUCAUUCCAAUCUCCAUCCCCAGGCUAAUUCCACAACUGACCAGCCUCAACCCAUAAGUACUCAAGAGAGAAGAAUGAGGACUAGAAUUCCGCCUUCAUCCCCUCAACCGAGCCAGCGCCUCAUCCAUUGGGAGGGGAGAGGAAGGCACGAGACAGGAAGGCAGAGCCCUGAUCAUGGUCUCAUCAAGGAGGGGGCAGUAGCACAGUUUGGGUCAGAGUGGAGAAAGGGCAAAGAGAUGGAAAGGACGACAGGAAACGAACAGACACAAAUAUCCGAGGACGCCCACAGAGAAGGGAAAGGAAGGGGAGAGGAGGAGAGACGGGAAGAUCCAGCCAUCCGGAAUCUUCUGCAGCUUCCUCUGAGGCACAAGAUCCCCCAGCUGCAAGGACCUAGAAAGGAGGGCAACAUCUGUAACGUGGACUCCGUGCUGCUCUUCCCUUCCGCAUCCUCGGAUAACUACGUCACCUUUGAACGGAGCUUCCCCAACCUCCCGGAGCUGUCCAUGUGUCUCUGGCUCCGCGUAGAUGUGGGGUACGUCGGAACGCUGCUCUCUUACGCUACCGAGGAGAACGACAACAGUCUGGUCCUUUACGGGCACAGAGCCACCGUACCAAGGGACACCCUAGACUUCGUGUUGGGCGACCCCGUCUACAGACAACUCCACGUGGACGCUGUCCUCGAUGGCCGCUGGCACCACCUCUGCUUCCUCUGGUCCUCCAUUGAGGGACGUUUCUGGCACUACACCGACCGGCGCCUCACCUCCACGGGGUCAAAGUUCAGGAAGGGCUACGAGGUACCCGGGGGUGGUUCGGUGGUGCUGGGGCAGGAGCAGGAUACCGUAGGGGGAGGGUUUGAUCCCGAUGAGGGGUUUGCGGGGCGUAUUGCAGGGUUUGUGGUGUGGAACAGGGUGCUAAGCCCUGGGGAGGUGGCAGGGGUAGCCACAGGGAAGGGGCUACCCCGAGGGGUGGUGCUGACCCUGGAAGAUGUAGCAGGUGUGCAUGGAGAGGUCCAGCAGGUGGCAUGUGAGUGCCUAGAACACUGUGUCUGAAAUACUGAAGUACCAGCUGGUCCUUUUUCAAACCGCAUAUUCCUUCCGACACAUUAUGCUACUCACUUUUGCUCAGAGACCACAUCUCAUGUGCAUGUUUAUCGAGAAAUGCCUCAGUCAACACUGAUCAUCAUCCCAGAGAGGAACAGGGUGUGUGAAUUAUCCUUCUGACUUUGCUGGUGUCAAACAGUGUUGGGUGGAGCAAAAACUACACUUCUUGUAGACAUGCAGAUUCAGAAUCUGUAACCAUUCGUUGUUUAAAGGUCAUCGUUGAUAAAAAAAAAUGCUCUUAAUGUAAAGGCCCAACUGUAGACAAAUGGAUGUUGUUCAUUCAAGACAUAUUGGAUCUUUAAUGAAAAAUUAUCUGAUCAACUAUAACUAUACCAUAGUAUGGCACAGACA